UCCCACGCGGUGUCAGAAACCAAUGCCGAAGUCCUCACGACACGAACCUGCCGUAGUCCCUCUCGCGGCGGUCCGCCCAGCCCCUCUCGAUGGCAUCCAGUUUGCAGCGAUUCGGCGGCACGGUGUGCCUGGCGGCGGGAGGCCCAGUCGUGCGCCAGCCCCACAGCUGUGUGCCUCAUGGUUGUGCGCGCCGCAUUCGCCACGUCGUUGUGCGUUCGUCGCCGCUUGGCUCAAGGCGCCGCGCUACGUCAGCGCCAGCGUAGGGGGGAAGAGUCCACCGCCCCGCGCGGCCUAUUCGAGCAGAGAUGGGUCACGGAGGCAACAACGUCAUCCCGAAUGUGCACUUUCGCAAGGUCAACGGCAUGAUGGGCCCCGGCCGCUGGAACCGCCACAUGAUGAAAACCUGGCUGGACCAGGCUGGCCGCAAGAAGCGGCGCGCCCUGAACCGCAAGACGCGCGCGGCGAAGCUGUCGCCCCGCCCCGCCGCGGGUUUGCUGAGGCCGGUGGUGCACCCGCCCACGCAGCGGUACAACAUGAAGCUGCGCCUAGGCAAAGGCUUCACCCUCGACGAGCUGAAGGAGGCGAAGAUCCCAGUCAAGAAGGCCAUGACCAUCGGCAUCGCUGUGGACCACCGCCGCCGCAACCGCUGCGCCGAGAGCCUGCAGGUCAAUGUGGACAGGCUGAAGCUGUACAUGUCCAAGCUGCUGGUCUUUCCCCGCAAGUCGGGCAAGAAGGGCGUCAAGAAGGGCGACACACCCAAGUCGGAGCUGCAGAAUGUCGCGCAGAACACCCUCAAGGAGAUCAUCCCGAUCCCGAAGCCCAGCACGGAGCUCGAGUCCCGCGCCAUCACUUCCGCCGAGAAGGAGGCCUCCGUCUACAAGAAGCUCAAGAAGGCUCGCACCGACCUCAAGUACGACGGCGCCAAGCGCAAGAAGGCCAACGCAGGCAAGGAGGAGUGAUGACUCGGCGGAGCCCGGGGCCCGGCGUGCGCAGGCGGCGGGGAAGGGUGCCCGCCCGCCCGAUUCGUCAGAAAGAGGUGGCAGCGAGCGUG